UCACGUGAUCCAUCAGCAUGAGAAACAGGAAGGGAAUUGCUAACUCUAAAAAACGAUGAUGCGAGUACAAUAAAAGGGACGACAUUGAAACUAGUGGUGUGCCAAAUCACAGAUUAUAGUUUUUUUUUCCUGAAUACGAUUUUUACUCAAUUCCGUAUGUUACCGACAUGGCAAAAACUCCUUGGAUUAUUAUUUUAUCAGUCAUUCUCCGGUCAUCUCAGGUGAUCUGUCAAGAGGCAAUCUUGCACAUCUCAAAUGGAGCCACAGAUAAAGAAUACUGCCUGGUCUACAACUCCUUAUGGACCAACCUGUCACUCUCACUCAGCGCUGCUACUGCGUAUCCUCUGGUGAACCUGUCGUCCAGGCCACUGUGUAGCUCUGCAGGGGUGAGCCCAGACAUAGUGAGAGGCAAGGCGGUGGUGGUCAUGAGUGGGGAGUGUAACAUCAGCCAGAAGGCUGUGGUAGCCCAAGACCUGGGGGCUGCUGCUCUGAUCGUUGCCAGCACUAACUCUAUGAGUCCCCCGGGAGCCAAUGUGACAGAGUAUGAGAAGGUCCAGAUUCCGCUGGCUCUGAUGAGAUACAUGGACUUCCUGGACGCACAGAAUGUGUUUGGUGAGGAGAUGCAGGUUAGGCUGUAUGCCCCGGCCGUGCCUGUGUUUGAUGUCAGCAUUGUGGUCAUGCUUCUCAUAGGAGUGGUGACUGUUGCUCUGGGAGGCUACUGGAGCGGAGCCUGUGAGAGAGAGAGGCUGAGUGCGUCUCGAGGUGGAGGUGGAGGAGGAGGAGGAGAGGAGAAGAGUGACAGUGGGGACUUGGCUCUGUACUCUCCCCUAAAGGUGGUCAUUUUUGUAGGUCUGAUGUGUCUGAUGCUGGUACUCAUGUACUUCUUCUACAAGUACCUGGUGUAUGUGAUCAUCGCCAUAUUUUGCCUAGCGUCAGCCACCGCCCUCUUCAGCUGUCUGGACGCCCUGUUGGACCUGGCCAAGUGUAGCCCCAUGAGUGUGACGGUCCUGGGUGGGAGUGUAUCUGUGAGGUCGGUGCUGCUGUCUGCUGUGUGUGUCACCGUAGCCGUGGUCUGGGGAGUCUACAGGAACGAGGACAGGUGGAUCUGGAUCCUACAGGACCUCCUGGGUGUGGCCUUCUGUCUCAACUUCCUAAAGACCAUCUCACUGUCCAACUUCAAGAUCUGUGUGAUCCUGUUGAGUCUGCUGCUGUUGUAUGAUGUGUUCUUUGUCUUCAUCACUCCUCUGUUCAUGCCGAAUGGGGAGAGCAUCAUGGUCCAAGUGGCCCUGGGUCCAGAUGCAGCAGGAGAGAAGGGUAACACGGUGGAGGUGCCAGCACAACCCUCGACUCCAUAUGAGAAACUCCCGGUAGUGAUGCGUGUUCCACGGUUCUCAUCUUGGACACAGAACCUGUGUGGCAUGCAGUUCUCCAUCCUGGGCUAUGGGGACAUCAUCGUACCAGGUCUUCUUGUGGCCUAUUGCAGCAGGUUUGAUGUGUGGGUCAACAGCCCCAAGAAGAUCUACCUUUUCUGCUGCUGCAUAGCCUACCUGUGUGGUAUGGUUUUGACGUUUGCGGUGAUGUUGGUGACUAAGAUGGGGCAGCCAGCCCUGCUCUACCUGGUUCCAUUCACCCUGCUAGGAUCUGCUCUGCUGGCCUGGAGGAGAGGGGAGAUGAGGCAGUUCUGGAACGGGACAACCUACGAGGUGUUGGACUCCACCAGGGAACCCUUACUGCCAGCCGUCCAUCUCUCCUAACCAGAGUACAAUCAUCUCAUAACGUUUUUAUGGAACACCUGACGAUGGCAGCGGAGGAGGAAAGUGCUGACUACAGCUGAUCUAGGAGCCAACUAACAAACCAAACGCAGGGGCUCUUUUCUACUCUUCAAAUCAAGCAUCUAGUUUAUCAUCCAUGGGAUGCAAGGGAAAUACUAUAGCUAGUCUAUCAAUCAAUAAGGAUUUAUACUGUGGAGGGGCAAGGGGUCAGGGGUGGGUUAGGGGUAUUGAUUGUACAGUGUGGGUCUCUGUUGAUUAGACCGUUUAAUUGGAGAGGCUUACUAGUGGCUAAGAACUAUAAUAUUAAAAUGAUGCCUAAACUGUGUUGCCUUGGUAAAAGAUACAAUUGAUUUAUUGAGAAAGCACUUUAAUACUCAUGUUGGCAGGUUUUGGGGGAUUUUAAAUUCAAAGUUAAACUGUAGGUGAAGAUAGAUUUUUUGUAUUUUCUUCGAUAACAGCUGUUCUGGGGUUUUCUGUAUAACUUGUUUGUGUUAUUGAGAAACACAAUCUUUGAUUGCUUGUGUUGCCUUAAAUUAGUCCAAUCUGA